UCGGAGGACCCUAAUUUCGGCUUUACGCAUAACAUUAUUUUACUAAGACAAACUCGGCCACAUUUGAUAGAGUGCCUGGAGUCCGAGGGUAUUGACAUAUCGACUCUGCUGAGUGCCGAGGGUUUCAUGAAAGAACCAGCGGGUUAUAAUUUCUAAUUUUUUUUUAAAACAGCAGCAAAAUCAUCUGUAAGUAGAAAUUCUUUGGGUUCAAUUCGAUUGUUUCAUUAGCAAUUUUCAUUAAAGAAAAAAAUUAAAAAUUAAGGAGCGUUAGGCUGUAGUAUCAUCCGGUUCAAUGGCGUCAGUGAGGGUUCACCAUGCUUCCUCUCGGUCCCGAUCCGUGUUUAGUUGCGUGGAUGGGGAUUCGAACCCUGCUAGAUCUGAAGCGUAUUUUUCGCACCAUCGGAACCACCAAACCCUUAGCAGGGUUGAAACCCUAAAAACCCUAGCGAAGGUUCAGGGCAAUGAAGUGUCUAGGGUGAAAGGCUGUGAAGAUCGGGAUAAUUACGGAAGCCGUUCAUACAGCCGGAGUAAUUCGUGGAGUAGCGGUUCAGAGAGAGAGCCCGGGGAGAUUUCGAGUGUAGAUCGGGGCGAAGAAUUGAUAGAUUUUCACGAGGAGGUGAAAAAGCCGCAUGAUUUUAAUAAAAGGAGAGAAUAUUCAUGGGAUGCUGAAAUUGAGGUUAGUAAGAGGAAACAUUCAUGCAAUAAUGUAAAGGGUGUAGAACAACGGGCUCCGAUGUUGAUGGAUGAUGAAUGCGAGCCUGGGCAGAUCCAGGAGAGCCCAGAAGAAACCAAGUCGCUGCAGAAUAUUUCGGCAUCGCGCUGGGCUGAUACCGAUGAUGAUUUUCAGAGUCCAAACCCUAAGAGGAAGAAGCUUUCCUCGAGCCCCGGUAAAAAAGCUUUUUCAAGCCCUAGUCCGAAGCUUAUUUCAGAUAAUAGUGUAAAAAUUUCUUCGGAUUUUAGCGUAAAAGUGUCUUCAGACAGUAGUUCAAAGAUUUCUUCCAAUUCUAGUGCAAAGUUUUCUGCUAAUAAUAUUGAAAAUUCAUUUUCAAGCCCAAGGAUAAAGCCUCUUUCCAUCCCUAGUGCCAAUCUUUCUUAUGACACCAGUGUCAGGAAUUUUUUUGACGCUGGUGCUAGGAUUUUCUCUAGCGUAAACCAAUCUUUAAAUGCUAUGGAAGGAGAGUCAUUGGUUGCCAAGAGCCCUGAAUUGUAUACAGAAGAGAUGCCAUUGGUAAAUAUAGCAGCAUCUCGCUGGGCUGAUGAUGGGUAUUUUGAUAGCCCAGACUUGAAAAGAAGCAGAGUGUCUCCAGACUUUGGUUAUUGUGAGAGAGAACAACAAAAAAGUAAGAAUUCCGCAAACAAUAGUGCAGGGGAAACUUUGUCACCUGAAAAUCAAGACUUGGCAAGACAGAAAUCGGCUGGUUCAGGGGUGAGUUCUGUAUGCUCUGAUAGCGAUGGCAGUCGCCAUAGCUGUGAAACAUCGUGGAAGGGUGAACUCGGAGUUUCUGAUGACGAGCACGAUCUGAAAAUUGUGGAUACUGAUGAUAGACAUGACCUUAAAGUUGGGGUUUCUGAUGAGGAGAAAGAUCAAAUGGACGUGGAUGGAGAUGAUGAUCAAGCUUGUUUAGAUCCAAAUGAGGUGUUGCCUUCUGAUUCUGAUUCUCCAGUAUUGUCUCCCCUGGCAGUGGCUGUAAGAAGAAUUGACAUGAUGCAAGGUUGCAGAAGUGUUUUUGAGUUUGAAAGAUUGAAUAAAAUCAAUGAGGGUACUUAUGGUAUUGUGUAUAGGGCAAGGAACAAGAAGACUGGAGAAAUUGUUGCAUUGAAGAAGGUCAAAAUGGAAAGAGAGAGGGACGGCUUUCCUAUGUCUGCAUUGAGAGAAAUCAAUGUGUUAUUGUCUUUGCAUCAUCCUUCUGUUGUUAAUGUGAAGGAAGUAGUUGUAGGUGACAAUGUAGACGACAUCUAUAUGGUGAUGGAGUAUAUGGAACAUGAUCUGAAGGAUUUUAUUGGCAUGAUGAAACAGCCUUUCAGUACGAGUGAAGUCAAAUGCCUUAUGCUGCAGCUUCUCCAGGGUGUCAAUUAUCUCCAUGACAAUUGGGUUUUGCACAGGGAUCUGAAGACUUCAAAUCUAUUAAUUAAUAACAAGGGAGAGUUAAAGGUUUGUGACUUUGGUUUGGCUCGUCAGUAUGGCAGUCCUUUGAAAACUUACACUGACUUGGUGGUUACCUUAUGGUACAGAGCACCGGAACUUCUUUUGGGAGCUAAGAAGUACUCAACAGAUAUUGAUAUGUGGUCUGUGGGCUGUAUAAUGGCAGAGCUUUUAGCAAAAGAGCCUCUUUUUAGUGGAAAGAGUGAAAUAGAUCAGUUAGACAAGAUAUUUAGGACCUUGGGGACACCAACUCAGAAGAUAUGGCCUGAUUUUGUUAAUUUGCCAGGAGCAAAAUGCAGAUUUGUUAAACAACCAUAUAAUAGACUUAGAGAAAAGUUUCCAGCAGCUUCAUUUACUGGGAAGACAACUUUAUCUGAGAGUGGAUUUGAUCUUCUUAAUCGCCUUCUUACCUAUGAUCCUAACAAGCGUAUAACAGCCGAGGAAGCUUUAAACCAUGACUGGUUUAAAGAGGUGCCCUUAGCAAAGUCAAAAGAGUUCAUGCCAACAUAUCCCACCAGAAGUGAUCAUGAUAGACAAUCAAGGAGAAUGCGGAAGAGCCCCGAUCCUCUAGCCCAACUUAAAAAGGAGUCACAACAAGAAAGUGUUUCUGAUGAAUCUUCGAGACUCUGCAUUUCAAGACCAGUACUAGCAUUGGAAGGACUGUCUUGAAGUGCUCCGAUAUUUCAUGUACUGCACAAGCAGGUCUAUCAGAUCAAGUCUCCACUGAAGGGUGUUGGCAACCAGGUGAAUUAUGCACCAGAUAUGUUUAUGGUUAAGAUUAGAUGGUAUCAUUAAGUUACUGAAAUGUAGCUUAAAUGCUUCUGUUUGAUACUUACCAUACUCAAAGCACUUGUAAGUUGUAAAUAUCACAUUGUAUUUGUAUGACAUUAAGAGAUUCAUUGGCCUGCAAUCAUGAAUCUGACUUGAAAAGAUAUGGAAAUAAUUUUUGGGCAUCACGUUUCUUUA